AACUGGAGGUCGUGAUUGGCUGUUCUGAACGCUGCAGGAUACUUCCUGGAAUGCCUGCGAGCCAACGUUCUUUCAAGGCUGUUUCCCCGGAAAAGUGCUGGGGGACCCUCUCGCGUUCAAAAUGUAAUUGAUUGCCUUGGGAUUGCUGGUAUAAAAAAAAUCGCAGUGCGGACAGAACUGGAGUUGCAGCUUUAACAAAAUACCAGGAUGGGUGUAUAAUUUGUAUCAUAACUAUACACUGGAAAUCAAAAGCCAUUCAACAUGACAACAGAAACACUGGUGAAGGAUAUCAAACCAGGCUUGAAAAACCUAAAUCUUAUUUUCAUUGUGCUGGAAACAGGCAGAGUGACCAAGACCAAGGAUGGUCAUGAAGUGCGGACAUGCAAAGUAGCCGACAAAAGUGGCAGCAUAAACAUCUCAGUUUGGGAUGAUGUUGGCAACCUAAUCCAGCCGGGAGACAUAAUCCGACUCACCAAAGGGUAUGCAACUGUUUUCAAAGGCUGCUUGACCUUGUAUUCUGGACGCGGAGGAGACCUACAAAAAGUUGGAGAGUUUUGUAUGGUUUACUCAGAAGUGCCAAAUUUUAGUGAGCCAAACCCAGAGUAUGUUGCUCAGCAGUCACAAAACAAAAAUGCACAAAAUGACAACGCAGCCCCCACAGCCCCCCAGACUGCGCCAGGACCCUCCACAUCAUCGGCAGCUACAGACAACCAGAAUGGCAAUGGGUUGAUCACUUCUGGCCCCAGCAGCUCCGCACACCCCCCUGCUGCGCCCACGCACCCCACUAGUGGCCGCAUCACCCGGAGUCAGCCCAACCACCAGAGCGGAAGUUCAACAGGGACAGGUUCCUCUUCCAAUGCUGUCAGCAAUGGCAAAGAGACAAGGCGAAGCAGCAAGAGAUAACAGGCGAGGGAUUAAGGGGUGCUUUUAUAGCUCUUUCAUCCUCUGUCUGUCUGUUAUGCUACCUUUUCUCACCUGCUGAUUGGUACUGAGGCCGAGGAGAUGAUAUGGAGUAGAAAAAUGGAACCAGGCUGGUGUGGAGACUGUGAAACCAACUUAAGUUUAGCCAUUCAAAUGUGCUUUGAACAUGUGAUGCUGCCCAGGGAAGAUAUAUGAUCUUCAAUGUAUUUCUACAAAUGUUCCAGGUCAACUUUGUUAUCUCCCCUCCCUGGAUUUGCCAUGUAUGUAUUGGCAGGAGAACAAAAUGACUGCCCUGCCGUCUUCUUAUCCAAAAAUGUUUAAUUCCUUCUGUGUACCUCCUGUGCUAUGGGCAUGGCUCCUUGAAUCAGUUCCUGUUCCUGAAUCUAAAAUCGUUAAAACGUGACUCUGGAUGCAUAGCUAGUUGGCUACAUCUAUAAAACUGCUUUAGCCUGAGUGGUUUUAGAAUUGUGGGCUAAGACGGUGGUGUUUGAAUGCCCAACAGUGUCUUAGUCCUUAUAGGAGGCCUUGUACAGAGGAGGUACACAGAAGCAAACAAAUAGAAUUUAUGCCAGUUUUCCCAAGGCAGACUUAUCAAUUGUUAAAACUAUCCCAGAAUGGGAUCAUAAGAACACCCUGUGUUUUCCAAAGAUGAUACUGAUUGGUAUUACAGGCAUGUUUCUAUAGAUGUAAGUAUGUUAAAAGUACUGCAAAACUGCCAAGAAAAAGAAUAUUCGUUUUUUAAAGAAUUUGUCAUAGGAAACACAA